AUGAGUGUUGAAAAGUCAGAUGACAAGGCAAAGAAUGGCUUGAAGUCUUCCUUACUUAUAAGGGAUGAAAAUGGAAAUAACUAUGCACAUGACAAAGCUACACCUUCCUCAAAGAAUUGUGCCACCAAGACACACAGUAAUUCGACUGACCAAAAUAUAGUGACUGAGCAUGAAGAUGAUACUGUUCUUGAAAAUAAUAGUGACUUCAGAAGUAUUCUUUUAAAACAGCAAUGUAUUGAAGCACUUCAUCUGCAGAAGACACCUGGUAAAUACAACUGCACAGGAGCUCUGUUAGGAGAUGCAGAUGCUGCAUGCAAGUCUUAUGUGACUGAACAUACUUGUGUGUAUCCUUUGAACUGUGACUUGAAAGAAACAACAAACUUACUGAAAGGUAACAUUGCUAUGGCAAAAAUGCAAAAUCAGAGUAUCAAUCAAUCGGUGCCUUACAGUCAGACUGACUCUAAGUGUGUAUUACCUCUUCCUGUUUCAGAGCAGAACGCACAGUCCCUGAUAAAGGACAGGGCAUGCUGCCACCUGAGCACAUUGGAUGUUACUAAUGUUAUAGUUGAAACUCUGGGAACUGAUCAAAACGAUGACAUGCAUCUGAGGGAGAUGCUAAUCUCUACUGAAGUAUGUACGAGAGAGAAAUUUGAUAGAACCAGCUCAGAAAGAACACCUAAUUUCUCUUCUACAACAGUGGCUUCAGAAAGCCCAGAUGCCUAUUCAGAACUUGAAGUAUAUUGUCCUGCCUCUGCAGGUGUCGAACACUAUCUAAAAAACACUAACAAGACUGAUAAAGAAUCACAGGAAACAGAAGCACAGUCUGUAAAACUAGCUGCUGGAUGUAUAGAUACUUAUAUGCAAGAUGCGUUAUUACCAUGCAUUAGUAUUCAUGAAGAUGACCAAGUGAAAUCCUUGCAGGAUACCCCUGACCAUAAUGAAACUGGGAAUUCCAAUGCUGAAACAUGCAUGGAUAGUCCUGUAAAUAACGUGCACCUUCUUCCAGUAGAUAAAAUGGAUGGAGAACAAUUAUCAAAGAAAACCAGUGAACCCUUAACCAAAGAACAAAGUAUGUCUGGAAAUGCAGCUCUUCAGGAUAUGCACAACACCUCUUUCAUAUCUUGCAGUGUACCAAAAUUAAAGAGGACUGUUAUUCCUGAGCUGAAAUGCGAAGCAACUUUUCUGGUGUUCAGUCCUGUGGCUGAUGAAAGCGAUCCUGCUCUAUGUACUUCAACCCCUAAAGAACGAUCCAAUAAUACAACUUUUUCUGUUUCAGCUUUGGCAGAACUUGGAGACAAGUCUCCUAAACUAAGACCAAACGAGGCAUUUGUAGGAGGACAUAAUAGAAGGCCUUUGCUUAAAGCUAGUUCAGGAAAACCAGUGGGCAGGUCUCCUAUUGUGUCAACAAUAACCAAAGCGAAGAAAUCUGAGAUUGUUAGUUUUCCCAAACCUAAUUUCAAAAAUGUUAAGCCAAAGGUUAUGUCUAGGCCUGUGCUACAGUCGAGAGACAGUGUGGCAUUAAAACAGUCUCCCCAGUCCCCCCAGCUGUCAGCUGUCUCCUCAUCUUCACUGGUUGCUUCCUCGAGGCAAUUGUCCCCCUCUAUAAAAGUGCUGAAAAAGAAAAUAGAUCUAGCUAAAGAUACUAAAGUGGAAUUGCCUGUGAAUAAGCCCCAUAAGCUACAUCUUAACAAACACCUCUUCACUAGCCAAGUCGUACAUGCCACAACACAUCCCAGAAACACUUCCCACAAGGCUUCAAAGACACCUGCGUUAAAGCAGAAUCCAGAAGGCACCGGCAAAGCGAGCUCUACCCAUUCGGCAUGCUCCUCAGUUUCUGCUGUGCUUCCAAUGUGCGUAGAGAACUCGAAAGAGAUGCUGAACGAUAAAAUGGAAAGUUCAAACUCUUUAAUGCAGCCCUGUGCUCAAAACAUCUAUCUGUCUGGAGGUGAAAAAGAGCAAAACAGCAACAUGGGAAUUCUUCUGGAAGCAGCCUUGUUAGAAGAUGUGGCGAACGAAACAUUUGACUGUCACUCUGUUCCUUUGAUGCCUUCUGUGAAAGAUGGGACAACACAAGAGAAAAACAUACCGAAGAAAGACCCAAUCACACUACGAAGUGUAUCAGCUCCCAAGGUUAAAAUGGUGCCAUCUGUGUUGCCCUUGAAAAGAGGAUGUGAAAAUAAAACUAUCUGCACAAUUAAAGCACCGUCUCACAAAGGAGCUGUUCUGUCAUCAAGCUCUGGUGUAGGAUCUUUGCCAAGAGAGAAGCAAGCCUCUGUGAAAAAUUCUCCAGCCUCGUGGGCUAGCUCCGGUAAACCGCUCGCCAAAUCCAAAGUGCCUGUCAAAAGAUCAGUGCUUGAGAGAACACCUAGCCUCUCAUCAGUCAGCAGCACUCAGAGUGAGCGAAGUCAUUUCAGCAGUAAUUCUGCAAGUACCACAGUCAUCAUCAAUAAUGGAGAAUGGCCUUCAAAACCAGCCUGCCAGAAUGGUACUUCAGGAUCUGUCCCUUUGAAAGCUGUACCAAGACCUAGAUUACACUCAUUGAAGUCAACUCCAAAAGGAGCCAAGGCCAGGUCUGCUUCACUGAACCAGUGCAUACCAAAAUCAUCUGGGCCACUGCACUCAGCAAGGAAAGUCAGUGAGUCUAGAGGUAGUCCUGGAAGAAAUGGACACCAAAGCCUAUCUUGUUUGGGUUCUG